AUGGGUUCUGCUGCAAGGAGAUGGGUCUACCUUCCCCUGGGCUGCAUCGUGCUGUUCAAUCUCACAAAUGCUGACUUUGAAUUUCAAAAGGGAGUGCUAGCCAGCAUCAGUCCAGGCAUCACAGAAGAUGUAGAUCUUCAGUGCUGGAACACAUGCUCUCUGACACUGAUAGACCUCAAGGAACUCAAGAUAGAGCACAACGUGGAUGCCUUCUGGAAUUUCAUGUUGUUCUUGCAAAAAUCUCAGCGGCCUGGCCAUUACAGCAUCUUCUUAAACAUAGCCCAAGACUUCUGGGAUAUGUACAUAGACUGUUUGCUUUCAAGGUCUCAUGGAAUGGGCAGAAGACAGGUGGUAUCUUCCAAGUAUAAUUUUCCACAGAAAAUGACAAGAGGUGAUUUGAAGGUAUACCUACGGAAGUAGUGAUGUGGCUUUAUUAAAAAAUCGCUAUUUAGUCCUUCUGGUUAUUUCAGGUUUAUCAAAUAAGCUAGCAAACUUGUCAUGUUUAGUUUUUUUAUAUUUUUUCAUUUUCACAUUAUUUAGAAAUCAGGAGAGUGCUUGAUUAUAAAUGAUCUUGGAACAUAUACAUUGCUAGAUCAUUGAAAUCAUCUUAUUGUUUCCCCGUGAGUAGUUUAUAAGAAAGCCAUAUAGUUCUGUAUCUAUUCAUAUUGUAUGACUUAAAUA